UUCACGAUGAGGCUUCAUCAUCGGCGCGCCGGUUUGCCGAUGGAGUUUGAUGCGCGGCCGCGCACGUUCGUCGCGGACGCCAAGUUCGGGGACGUCAUCGCGUGCCUCGUCGCCCGCGGCUGGCGGCGCGUCGCGCUGGACCGGCGCGACGCCGCGCUGUCCUGGCGGAACCUCGCGAAGACGGACUUUGGGCGCCUGGCGCCGGGCGCUAUCGUCAACCACUUCUCCGGCAGCCAGGCCGUGAGCCACAAGGCGACGCUCGCGGCGGCGCUGGCCGACCGCGGCGCCGACUACUACCCGGCGUGCUACGACCUGCGCCUGCCCGCGCACGCGCGGCGGUUCCUCGCGCACUGGGCGUCGGCCGCGGCCGCGGCGGCGCUCCGGUCGUGCCCGCGGGGCGCCGCGCGCGACGCGGGCCUGCUCGCGGCCGCCGUCGCCGCGGCCGCCGGCGGCGCGGACGGGGCCGACGCCGCGGCGACGGACGCGGUCCUCGCCGCGCUGCUCCGCGCGCCGCCCGGCGGCGCCGGCGACGCCGCGGCGCUCGCGGCGCGCCUCGGCGCGGCCCCCGCGGCCGCGGCGCGCGCCGCGGGGCCCGGCGGCGCCUGCGACGCCGGCCGCGGCGCCUGGCUCGUCAAGCCCGCGGGCGGCAGCUGCGGCGCGGGCAUCUCCUGCGCGGACUCGCUCCGGGCCGCGGCCGCCGCCCGCGCGGGAACGCCGCCGCCC